CCACCGCAUUUUAUGUUAUUCCUUCGACCAAACGGGCUUACAUAUAAAACGCAUGCAAUUUGUUACUACCUGAAAAUUCAUCGCUAUGCUUAGGGUUUCUGUCAUCUAAUAGGAAUUUGUCUUGCCGUCCAUAUCUGUUCGUAGUACUCCGUUAUUAUAUGGUUUAAACAUGUAUUCUUCAAGAGGCAGCAGUGCCUACGGGCAGCAACCGUAUGGUGCGCAAUCUGGCUAUGGUCAAAAUCUGGGAUCUGCGUAUUCUGGGAGUUCAGUUGGAGGGCCUGAUGGAGGCUCACAACAUUCGCUGGCUCCUAGGCAUACAUCAAUUCUUACUGGUUCACAAGAAGCAGAUGUUGGUGGUGGGUACAGAGUUUCCGCUGCACAUUAUGGGGGACAAUAUGGGUCUAUAUAUGGCUCUUCUUCCAUGACUGGUGCUCAACAGGUGUCAACUAUGAGUGCUAAAGGGACGGCAGCAUCAGCUCUAGAAGGUCGUGGUGGCUAUGCUUCAGCUCUCCCUGAUUCUCCAAAAUUUACAUCUGGUGACUAUAUUCUAUCAUCUAGUCAUGGAUAUGGUCACAAAAAUGAGCAAUUAUACACAGAGAAGAUGCAUGAUUAUCAAACAAUAGACAGACGUCAGUAUGGGGAACGACAAAAUGCUUAUAUUGGGAGGGACAUUCAAAGUGAUCCAGCUUCAAGAUAUACUGAUUCUGUUGGUUUUAGUCAUCAGCAUCAGCCUGGGACAUAUGAACGCAUUGAGCAAGCAUCAAUUCUUCGGCAAGAACAGUUACUGAAAUCUCAGUCAAUGCAAUCAGCUUCUCUUGAUGGAACUGCCAGACAAAUUGAUUACCUUGCAGCAAGAGGUGCUGCUAAUCGCCCUUCUACCCAAGAUCUUGUUUCUUAUGGAGGAAGAAUGGAAGCUGAUCUUCUCAGUUCAUCAAUGCUUAGUGCUUCUUCAUAUAGUGGGCAACAUGCUCCAUCAAUAUUAGGUGCAGCUCCACGGAGGAAUGUGGAUGAUCUCCUGUAUCCUCAAAGUUCUUCAAAUCCAGGCUAUGGAGUUAGCCUGCCUCCUGGUAGAGACUAUGGCUCAGGAAAAGGGCUUCAUGGCUCAUCUCUUGAACCAGAUUAUCGUGGUGGUCAUUCAAGGAUCGAGGAUCGGAGGGAUGAUAGAGCUGGUUAUCUUCGGGAGUUUGAGCUAAGAGAAGAGGAGCGCCGUCGAGACAUUUUGCGUGAGAGGGAGAAAGAAAGAGAAAGGGAGAAGGAAAGGGAGCGGAAAAGGGAACGAGAACGAGAGAGAAAGCGUGAAAGAGAACGCAUUUUGGAGCGGCAUGAGAAGGAGAGAGAGCGAGAGCGGAAACGUGCACUUGAAAUUAGGCGUGAACGAAGUCCACCAAGAGUCUCAAGGGAUAGACGUGGGACCUCUUUGGGAAAGGAGGCCAGAUGCUCGCGACGAGAUUCGCCUAGUCAUGAAGCUUCACAUAGGCGUCAUUCACCUGUUAAAGAAAAAAGAAGAGAAUAUGUCUGCAAGAUUCAUGCAUCGAGUUUAGCUGAUAUAGAGAGGGAUUAUUUAUCAACAGAUAAAAGAUAUCCCAGGCUAUUUAUAUCUCCAGAAUUUGCAAAGGUGGUUGUGAACUGGCCAAAGGAGAAUCUUAAACUCUCGAUCCAUACACCAGUAAGUUUUGAGCAUGAUUUUAUUGAAGAUGAGGGUGUAACAGAGGCAAAAGAGCUAUCAACUAAGCUUUUGGCUGAACAACUGGUAAAAUCAGAGCAUGAGCGCACAAUAUGGAAUGCAAAGAUAAUUUUGAUGAGUGGACUCAGUAAGAAUGCUCUGGAAGAGCUGUCAUCUGAGAAAAGCUAUGAUGAUCGAGUACCACAUAUUUGUAAUAUUCUUAGGUUUGCUGUCCUGAAAAGAGAUCGUUCUUUCAUGGCAAUUGGUGGUCCAUGGGAUUCUGCUGAUGGUGAUGAUCCUUCAGUUGAUGAUUCUGUUUUAGUUCGGACAGCUCUCAGAUAUGCCAGGGAUGUAACUCAUAUUGAUUUGCACAACUGCCAAAACUGGAAUCGUUUUCUGGAGAUUCACUAUGAUAGAUUUGGCAAUGAUGGGUUCUUCAGCCAUAAAGAGAUCACGGUUCUAUUUGUUCCAGAUUUGUCCGAGUGUAUACCUUCGUUGGAUUCAUGGCGCGACCAGUGGCUUACUCACAAGAAGACUGUUGCUGAGAGGGAACGCCAACUGUCUUUAAAAAAGGAGAGGUAUAGAGAGAAGAAGGAAGGUCAGAAAGAUAAAGGGGCAGAUUCUUCGAAGGAUUCUAAAAAGGUGGAAAAAUCAGAAAAAAUCAAAGAGUCUGCAUCCUCUAGCGUCAACAGUAAAGAGAAAGAUGAGAAAGUUAAAGCGACUACACAAAAGGCUGAUGAGAAUGGGAAGAACCUUGAGAAAAAGGAUGGGAUUGAAACAGGUGAGGAAGUCAAGAAUGUUGAGAAGAAGGAAAAAGGUGAUACUGCAGGUGCUCAGACCACUGACUGUGUGAAAACUGGAAAGAAGAAGAUUAUAAGGAGGAUUAUCAAACAGAAGGUUGCUAAUAAGACAACUAAUGCUGAUAAUACUGUUAGCAAGCUGAAUGAUUCAUUAGAUGAGAAGGAUGCUGGAGGGAGCAAUGAAAAGUCCGAGAUCUCCCCUGAACAGAAUGAAGCUUCUACUGAUCCUUCUGGAGUUAAAACUUUUGUUAGGAAAAAAGUUAUAAAGAAGGUUCCAUUAGCAAAAACCACUCAAACUGAAGAUAAGGGCUUGCAGCCUGAACUUAAAGCUGAGAAGGAAGUGGACUCCUCUGGAGAUAAACCCAAGGAUAAUUCAGAAACCAGUGGUGCCGCAGUUGUGCAAGUUACUGGUGCCAAAACAGCUGUAAAAAAGAAAAUAAUUAAGAGAGUACUUAAAAGAAAGCUGACCAGCGAUGGGGCCAGUGGGACUAAGAAGGAUGGUGAAAAGGUAGCUCAGGCAGGUAAUGAAGCAGAAAAUGUGGAGAAAGAAAAAAUAGAUGCAGAAGAAAAAGAGGUUCAAAAAUCAGAAAAGAAAAACAUUCCUAAGUUAAAAUCGCCAACUGCAGAGAAACAAGCUAGCGUGUCCAAUUUGAACAGAAUGGAGAUCAAGGUUGCCAAUGAAGAUAAGAUGAUGGAUAACAAGGAAGCUGAUGGGAAAAACGGGUCAGGGACUAAAAUUGAGAGUAAGGCUGACAAGCAAAAAGAUGCUCAAAGGGAUAUUCAUGAUGACAAGAGAGGAAAAUCGAAGGAUGAUGAAAAAUUGAAGGAUGAGAAGAAAGAGAAAGAUGGAAAAGAUGAUUCUAGGAGCAAAUCUAACAAGGACGCAAAAGAAAAGAGAAUGCCUGAAGAACUUCCUAGGCAUCCUGGAUUGAUUUUACAAACAAAAGGGGAUAAGGAAACUAAACUGCGCUCAUUGUCACUUUCACUUGACUCGCUCUUAGACUACUCUGAUAAUGAUAUUGAGGAAUCAACAUUUGAGCUUUCAUUAUUUGCUGAAUCAUUUUAUGAAAUGCUUCAGUAUCAGAUGGGCUCUCGUAUUUUGACAUUUCUCCAGAAACUACGCGUAAAAUUUGUAACAAAACGAAAUCAACGUAAGAGGCUACGGGAAGAAAUGAUAAAGAAAGAUAAGGAGAGGAAAUCACCAGCUAAACGCCUGAAGACCAAUGAGCUUCCUGUGAAAGCUAAAUCUGCUGACUCAGAAUUGUUGAGCACUGAUCAAUCAGAGGAUCAAAAAAAUAAGAAAAAGGAAGAUAAGGAAGAUACUGCUGCCGAUAAGGUUAAUGAACCAAAGUUGGAAGAAGCAAUUGAUUAUGAGGAAGACCCAGAGGAAGAUCCUGAAGAAUAUGAAGAAAUGGAGGAUCCUGGAGAUUACUUGGCUAACAAGAAGGACAAAGAAGAGGGAAAGAUGAAUCUGGAUGCUGACAGUGAACCAGUGCCUGGAAAUGGAACAGAAAAGAUAGAGGAAGAUGCAAAGGAGGCAAAACGUGAAGGGACAAAGACCAAAUCUGAUGUUAAUUUGUCAGAAAAAAGAGAUACAAAGAUGGAGAGUGGGAAUAAAGAGCCAUCUGUUGUCAAGGAGGCUGUGAUUGAUAAGGAGCUGUUGCAGGCUUUCCGGUUUUUCGAUCGAAACCAAACUGGCUAUAUUAGGGUUGAAGAUAUGAGAUUGAUUAUCCAUAACUUGGGGAAAUUUCUUUCGCACAGGGAUGUGAAGGAACUUGUGCAAAGUGCGUUGUUAGAGAGCAACACUGGCAGAGAUGACCACAUUCUCUACGGCAAGCUAGUGAGAAUGAUUAUUUGAAAUUCAAUGCUUUGGCAGUUCUGAUCCAUGCAUAGGCUUUUUUUUUCCCCCUUUUUUAACAUCUCCAGUUAAUGGCCCUUGGGUGAAGGCGCAGAGCCUAGUUUUUUUAUUUGGAUUUUCUGGUGAAACAUGUGCUCAUACAUGUGUUUUGCACAAUAAUUUUAGUUUUAGAGCUUAGGUUGUUCAAGAACGAUCCGAUAAUUGGGAAAAUGUAAAUUAUUUUGUGCCUCCUGUUGGGAACUCUGACGUGGAUUAUGAUGAGAUCUAAUGAAUGAUGUAAAUUUUCUGUAGUCCUUCUAACAUCCCGGUUUAAGCAGUUUUGCUAUUGCUAUU